UCUCCGAGAUAAGUUGGCAGCGCUGUCAGCUGUUUUAUCAGCUGCAAAAAUUGCAAACUUAUAUAUUUUGUUAACAACCUGCAAUACGCGGUCAUUCAGUACGCCUAGGUUACGCGCAGAACUAUGGCACAAGUCCACCGUUUGUUUUUGCAGAUUUGCCGCUAACACUGUUCAGCACAACCACGUUAACACAAGAUUUUCGCGCAGUGCUAUUGAAAGACGUCCCCUUCCACGAAAGUGUAGGCCUUCCGAUUUGAAUGACGUCAUAUUCCCUAGAUAAUGGGGUCCAUGGAUCUUUCAAAUAAAAAAUGUUAAUGAAUAUCGGUAUAUAGUUAGGGCAUGAGAAUCUCAUAGAAAAGGAACGCGCUUAUCAGAGACCUGCUGUCGGAAUCGGAUUCAGUUGCCGGCAUCGGUUCUACUAAUAAGUCCGUAAAUUCAUAAAAUAAAGCGCUCGUGGAUAUAAUAUAUACAUACAUAUAUAUUAUAUAAUAUAAUAAUACCUAUACCGAAGUGCAACAUAUCUGCAAAUAGAUAAAUACCCUUUCGUCCACAAAUUGGCUGUGUGAUAUUGUGUUAUAAUGGUAUAUGAAACAUCGUAUGAUAUUAUGCCUAAGCCCUUUUCCCCUGAUCCGAAUCGUGGCAAGUGGGAUAAGCCCACAGACUAUAUAUUCGCCUGUUUUGGAUUAGCCUUGAAGUUGGAUGUCUUCCUGGCAAUGUUUGUGAUGUUCUACGGCAUGGGCAUUUUAGGAAUACUGACGUACUUUCUCUAUAUGGCCAUUUUCCUGGUUCCUAUCAUGGUCAUUCACUCCUUCAUGGGUCAGUUCUCCAGCAGCGGGUUCAUCUCCGCCUUUCGCCUGUCGCCUUUCUUUAAAGGCAUGGGAUAUGUGAGUGCAUUUUCAUCCAUCUUCAUGCUCAUUUACUAUAGCAUUUACGCUGCGGUUCCUCUGCUCUUCAUAAUAAACUCGUUUCGACCCACUUUACCAUGGAGCUGUGAGGGGCUGAAAUCUUGGCACAAUGGAAAUGCUACUUGUAAGAACGAACUAGUCUUGGAAGACUAUUAUGACACGCAAUAUGAAAAUAUUACAGUCCUUCAGGUACCUUCCGUGUGCUACUUUCAAAAUCACUUCGAGAAUAUACAAGAUAUAGUAUAUGAGCGUAAGGUUUCGUAUCAGGAUUUCGGGAUGUAUUGGCAUUUUUUGGGCCUCUUCGCAAUCAUUUGGGCUGUGAUUGCAUUCAUUUUUUAUAAAUUCUCGGGGACGGCCAAGUUUGGAAAACUUAUACGCUACAUGGUAAUUGUCACCCUGGUUCUUCUUAUAGUGUGCUUUGUGCGAUUCCUGUUUCUUCCUGGAGCUAUUAACGGACUCAACACAUUUCUGUCUCCAAAGUUAAUUAAUUUGACCAUGGGAUUAUCCUCCACAUUUAUCAUGGUUAUUCAUGCAUUCGGAGCAGGAUGGGGCAGUGUAAUAGCCCUGUCCAGCUUCAAUGGGUUUAAGACCAACAUAAUGUCGUAUAGUUGGAUUAUUUCCUUCGGACAGAUCUUCAUUUACAUCAUGUUUGGCUUGGUUUCCUGUAUGUUGGAAUGGUCCUUUCUUGAACUCUCUAAUCAUGGUGCAAUCAGGGAAAUGCAUUUGCUGACAUAUUUGAAAAGUGCUUCUGUCUUGACCACAAUGGGUUGGCCAAACCUAUGGAUUUUUAUUUACUAUUCUAUGCUCUUAUUAGCAGCUCUAAUUGUGAUGACAACGCAGAUCUUCACUGUCUUGCAAAGUUUAUUUGAUGAGUUUGAAAUACUUAGAGUGAGAAAACAGCAGGUAACCUUUGGCUUAAUUGGCGGCAUUGCAGUAUGCUCCUUUUACUUUUGCACAAAUCGUGGCAAAAUUCUCGUUUCGACUUUGGGUCUUGAUGCCUCCUUCUCACAUAGUCUGCUUCAUUUGCUGCUCCUCUUCGUGGUUUUGUGGAUCUAUGGUCGAGAACGUUUCCAGCUGGAUAUGGAGUUCAUGUUGGGCCAGCCCUUUGCCUCCUGGAAGGUCUUUACACUCCGCUUCAUAGCUCCAAUCUUUUUAGUCAUAUGUCUGAUCAAUAUAACGUUUCUGUACGGACUGAAGCAUACUUAUUCCACAGAAGCGGUCGUCGUGAUGUCCAUUAUCCUCGUGGAUUUGCCCAUUCUGGCAAUUCCUGGGUACGGAUUGUACCAUCUUUACCAGUGCACUGGCACCAUUAGGGAACGCUUCAAACGCACCUGCCGACCCACCGAUUGGUAUCCGGUUGAGACGGAGCACCGCCAGCAGUACGAGGAAGCCUUAGACAAUUCGGAUAUGACCCAACAGCUGUGCGAGGUUACUGAGGAGGUCAACUAGUCAAAACUUGUUACGCUAUGCUCACAGCAAUGUGUUUUACUGAGGCUAAAUAAAAUAUGGACGGAAAAUUGAAAAACAUAUAGUUGUAAUAAAUAUGUUUGAGAUCUACCUGGACAAGUCUAGAACGAAUCUUCUAUCGCCUCGUGUGCAAGUUCACUCAUCUGACUGUAGAUAUCUCGGAAACUUUAAUAAAGUAUCGCUUAAAAAAUCAGUAACGCCCACA